AUGAGUGGACCAGACGCGGAAUCGUCACCGAAGCCUUCGGAGCCUCAACAUGUGGGACCUCAUAGUUCAUCAAAUGACACGCACCCUCCAUCACCAGUCGCGUCGCCACCAGGGACACCGCCGGCAGAAACAAAUGGCGUAGCCACGCCCGUAGCCGCCGCGAGCGGUGUGCCGUCACCCUCUCCGGCUCCCGCCAGUCCGGCCGCCGCCACAACCGGUCCUCCGCCGAGUCCGAGCCCUAUGCGAAGCCCCGGCUCCGAUUAUUCCAACUCUUCGGCUUGGAUCACAACCGAUUCUUCACCGAGUCCGGACCCCACAAGCAGUCCCGGUCCCGGUCCCGGUCCCGUUCCUGGUCCUUCUUCAAACCCAAGGUCCGGAGGAGCCGCGUCUUACUACCCCCAUCCCCGCGCCUAUCCAGCAUCCAGCUAUUCACGACCUCAAGAAGAACAACAACAUGAACAGUCACAAUCGCCAUCGCCGCGGCCAGGUUCCUCCGAAGCCGUCGGCGCCAACUCUAACGCCAAUCAGCUAGUAAUCCCACCAGCCCCACAUGACGGCGGUCCGCCCGGGCCCGGCCCGUCCCAUCCACACCAUUCUCAGGCGAUCCCUACCGGUGCUCCGAGCUACGUAGCACCACCACCUGGCUUCUUAUUCCCUCCAACACCAGGCGGGCCACCCCCCGGCACUGGGCUCUACAUCCUCACCUCCGCUCCUCAUCCCUACCCAGACCCUCCGAUCCGUGUCCCUGUCUAUCCCCCACCUCAGGCCUAUCCCGCGCCUCAGGCUUAUCCUGCUCCUCAUCCUCAUCCCGGUCCUCAUCCCGGUCACCAACCUCAUCCCGCUCAUCACCCCCCACCAGCACCACUAGCACCUCAUCUCCAAGCCCAAGCCCAAGCCGAAGCUCAAGCCGAAGCCCACUACAAGCAGAUUUACGGACCACGAUACGGUCAAGCCCACCCCUCUCAUCAUCCGCCACCCGUCUAUCACCAGGCACCACCGCCGCCGCCACCACCAAUGCCACCACCAGGACAAGUUCCCGAAUUUGACGCCCCCUUUGGUUUCUACCGCUCGCCAGGCAAGGACCCGACAGAACCGCCUAAGCCCAAGUUCUACCCGCCUUCUUCCAGACCGCUGUUUCUGCUGCAGACGGGGCGGCCGGCAAGUAACUGGAAAUCGUCCAAACGAAAUGAGGUUCAAUGGUACGGGCUGGCUCAAGGCAGAAGUGGAGGAGGACAGCAGCAGCAGCAGCAGCAGCAACAACAACAACAGCAACGGCAGCAACGGCAGCCAACACCGGAACCGCCAACACACCGUCACACCCUGCCACAACCAGGACGCAUACCACCACCGGUACAUCCAGACUUACUAGCACAAGCACCCAAAGAAAACCCGCAACCCCGAGGACAACCGCAACCCCAAGGACAACCUCAACCCCAAGGACAACCUCAACCCCAAGGACAACCACAACCCAAAGAAAAACCACAACCUAAAGGAAAGCCAAUCAAGAUCAUCCACCACGAACCCCAACCACGACCAAAACAACUCCAACAACUCCCACCACCAGCCCCCCUACCACCCCAUCUCCAAGCCCUAGCCGAAGCCGAAGCCGCAGCCCAAUACAAGCAGAUCUACGGCACACGCUACUCCCAAUCCGCAGCCCAAGGCAGAGCCCAAGCCCAGGCCCAAGCCCAAGCCCAAGCCGAAGCCCAAUGGAAGCAUAUUUACCGACCACUACCGGCCCUACAACACACCCAAGCCUACGCCCAAAACAACCCACCGCAAGUCUUGGCCCCGGGCCAGGUCCCAGCUCACCAAAUCUACGGACCGCGAUAUGGCCAAAGUGCAGGCUACCACGGGGGACCACCGAACGAGCACCGCCCCUACCGCUGCAAUUUCCUGGAUUGCACGCUGAGUUUUGCUCGUAACCAUGAUCUGAAGAGGCAUAGGAAGGUGCAUUUUCCUGAUAAGCCGUUUGCUUGUGAGAGUUGUGGAAGGAGGUUUGCGAGGCAGGAUGCGCUUAAGAGACACGUUGCACAAACAACAAAAGGCUGUGGCGCCGACAACCCGGUCGAGAUCGGCUCAAGUCCAUCUCCGUCAUCUCCAAGUUCAACGCCAGGGCCCGCCGCUGGCGAUGCCGACAACAACACACCAUCAUUGACCAGGAAUGGCCGAUCCAACAGGACAAGAUCACCAUCGCCAAAGUCCGAGGCCAAGGGAAAGACCGAGUCAAGGCCAGAUGGAAAGCAGGAGCAGCCAAAGGCAAAGGAAGAGCCCGAGUCACCACAAACAACGUCAAAAGGAACUCCAAAGUCGAUGGGUAAUCGGCACGAGCGCGACGAGUCACGGUACGGCAGCGGCGGCAGAAGCGGCGUCAGCGGCAACGGCAACGGCGGUGGUGGCGGCGGAAAGAGCAGCAGAGAAGCAAAGGAAAAGCCACAAGGAAAGACAGAGGGAACUUCAAAGUCGAUGGGUAAUUGGAAGGGGACCAAGUUCGAGCGCAAGCGCGAGUCACGGUACGGCAACGGCGGCGGCGGCGGGAGAGACAGCGGCAGCGGCAAGGGCAGAGUCAGGGGGGGACGCGGCGGCGGACACAGAGGCAGAGGCGGCGGCAGUUCCGAAUGCGAGUAA